AUGGACAUCGAAGUUCAUCGGGUGGUACUACUCGAAGGACACUGGCGGUACUACCGUCGUCACCCAGGCCAAACCCCACCGCCGGCCGCCCGCCCGCUUCUGCCCCAGCGCACCACCACAUGCUUCCUUCCACCAGUCGCGUUGAUCAUUUCCUUGGUUGCAUCUCCAACCAGCGCCCGUGGAGCCGCACCAGCAACCAACACGCACGCAGCGCCCUCCAACUCCACCUUCUCGCCUCAACUACGCUCGAUCCGUUCCCCAGCACGAAACUGCAUGCUACUCCCGCAAGCAGCACCGCCGCACACCACUCCCGCGCGCGCCGCCCACCCUCGGUCCGCUCAGCUCUCCAGCGCCUGGCCCAGCACGCCGCCGCACAGCUCCACCCGCCAGGCCAUCUCCGCUCCACCAGCAGCCUCCGCUCACGCGAGCGCAGCACCCGCCCGAGCCUCCCCUGAUUCCGCUCCCCACGCGCCGGAUCUCCCGCUGCUCCGUCUGCAUCAAGCUAGCCCGCCCCUUGCUCCUGCCCCGCGCACACGUAGGCCCAGCCACCGCUCCACGCUGCUCUCGGCCACCAGGCCAACUGCGCCUCGCUCCACCCUCCUCAGGCCGCUCCCGCGCGCAUCUCCCAUACUACAGCGCCGCUGCCAUCGAUCGAUUCCCUGCGCUCCUCAGCUACGACGCAAGCCGCGCCCUCGAUCUCCACCUGCUCGUUUCCAAUUCGCGCACGCAAAAUCGCUAGAAAAUCCUUUGACCGCCAGGCACACAGGUGCGUGUCCCUGCCGAUGCCGUCGAUCCCGCGAGGGGAAGCCCGCCGCCGCCGAAGCACCUCCAGGGGAUAAGAACGCCACGACGCUCCUCUCCCUCGCCUCGUCCCUAUCCUCUCACUCUCCCUGGCUCUCUUCUCUCUCUCUGCACGCGCGCCGAGCUAACCCUAGCUUCGGCCACCGCCUAGCCCCGCCGUUCUGCACCACCCCGCGGCUCGCCGAGCUGAGCCUCCACGUCGACGCGCCCUUCCUGGGAAGGCCCCAAUCGGGCCAAUCGAGCCCUCCUUCCCCGCCUCCGGUGACCGCCGUCGCCGUCGAUUCCGGCGGCCCCGGGCCUCGCCGUCGCCUCCAUCCUGCUCCUGAGCAAGUGCCCGAGACGAUGAAGAUCGACAAUGACGCAACUCCAUACUUGUCCAUCGGCGAACAAGUCAAGCAUGGGUUCUCCGAAGAUCCAUAUCGGUUUGUCAGGGACAAAGGCAAGCCCUAGCCUGAUUCAUAUUAUGAUUUCGAAAUGCUUUUACUUCUGGUUCCUACAUAUUGCAUUCGUUUCCAAUAUGUUUUAUCGGCAGGUAUAGUUAUCCUAUGUAUGUUGCAUUUACCAUCCUUGUAGCCUAAAUACCCUGAUCCACUGCUCCCAGCAAGACUAGGUUUGAGCUAUGUGUGCAUCGCUAGAGCUGUUAUAUCGGAUAUGCUUAGCCAUGCUUAGUUGACGAAUUCUGAUCCAUCCGGUUGAUGAAUCAGAGCUGCGAAUGAACCUAGUAUGGCAGGAUGACGUGGUAAGAUCAGUGAUGAUAAUUAAACA